AUGUUCAAACCCCUUUCGAACGCUUACUCAACCCAGUUGAUGGGAUACCUCCAGGACAGCCAGGGGUUACUCAAUUUGACCAAAGGAGACUUCUUCCCGCUCUUCUGGAGGGCUUGGGGUAACGUAUUCAAACCUCCACUCAUCAAGAAGUCGUUUGAAGCCACUGGUAUAUACCCAGCCAACCCGGACGUUGUACUCGAGAAGUUUGCCCAGCAAGCUUCAGACUCCGACAGCAGCAACUCAGUACUAUCGGGGAGCGAUUGGCUCAAGCUCAAAUCAAUCGUACGCCGUGAGGUGAAGGAUCAGAGCAGUAAGGACGUCAAGAAGCUUCAACGAAGCUUGUGCCACAUCUCAGCUCAAAACAGUAUACUCCAAGAGGAGGUCAGAGGCCUCAGGCAGUCCCUAGCCAUCAAGGAGAGGCGACCAAAGCAGAGCUACACCCUCCAGCUUGACGAGGACGAGCGUGUUGAGCGGGAGAAGGGUUGGGAGGAGACCAGAAAGCGGAAGGCUGCAGAGAAGGCCGAAAGAGACCUCAACAAGAGCCUCCGCGACGCCCAAAAAGCUAUACAAUUGCCCCCAAAGGGUAAGCGCAAAGCUUCAAAACCUCAUAAGCCAGCUGCAAAGCGUCAGAAACGUGUUGGGGGUGGUACAGCCUCUGUAGGAGCCCGGGUAGUUGCACAGCCAGUUCCACCAAAAACCACCAAAACGCGGGUAAUCCGCCGCCCAAAAAAAGAUUUGGACUAGCGCAAAGUUUUCGCAGGCUAUUAUAUAGUAUAAAUCUACUUUUGCGCAAU